GGGGCCAGAGCGGGCGCAGAGCGGCCGAUCCCGACGGUGAGAUGCCGGCCACCGAGAAGGACCUGGCGGAGGAUGCGCCCUGGAAGCGAAUCCAGCAGAACACCUUCACCCGUUGGUGCAACGAGCACCUGCGCUGCGUCAACAAGCGCAUCGGCAACCUGCAGCACGACCUCAGCGACGGGCUGCGGCUGAUCGCGCUGCUCGAGGUGCUCAGCCAGAAGCGCAUGUACCGCAAGUACCACCAGCGGCCCACCUUCCGCCAGAUGCAGCUGGAGAACGUCUCCGUCGCCCUCGAGUUCCUGGAGCGGGAGAGCAUCAAGCUGGUCUCCAUCGAUAGUAAAGCCAUAGUUGAUGGAAACUUGAAGUUGAUCCUUGGUCUGAUAUGGACCCUUAUCCUCCACUACUCGAUUUCCAUGCCUGUGUGGGAGGAUGAGGGUGACGAUGAUGCAAAGAAGCAGACCCCCAAGCAAAGGCUGCUGGGCUGGAUUCAGAACAAAAUCCCUUACCUGCCCAUCACAAACUUCAAUCAGAACUGGCAGGAUGGCAAAGCACUUGGGGCUCUCGUUGACAGCUGUGCUCCAGGCCUGUGCCCUGACUGGGAGACCUGGGACCCGAGCAAGCCUGUUGACAACGCUCGUGAGGCCAUGCAGCAGGCGGAUGACUGGCUGGGCGUGCCGCAGGUUAUUACUCCUGAGGAAAUUAUCCACCCUGAUGUGGAUGAGCACUCUGUAAUGACUUACCUGUCACAGUUCCCUAAAGCCAAGCUGAAGCCAGGAGCUCCUUUAAAACCCAAACUGAAUCCAAAGAAAGCAAGAGCUUAUGGCCGAGGAAUUGAACCUCAUGGGAACAUGGUGAAGCAGCCUGCCAUCUUCACAGUAGACACCAUCAGUGCUGGGCAGGGAGACCUGAUGGUCUUUGUAGAGGAUCCAGAAGGAAACAGGGAAGAGGCAAAGAUAAUGCCAUCCAGUGACAAAAACAAGACCUAUUCAGUUCAGUACAUGCCAAAGGUUACUGGACCUCACAAGGUUUCAGUCCUAUUUGCUGGACAACACAUCUCAAAGAGCCCUUUUGAAGUGAAUGUUGACAAAGCCCAGGGAGAUGCAAGCAAAGUAACAGCGAAGGGACCAGGACUGGAGGCAACAGGAAACAUUGCCAACAAGCCUACCUACUUUGACCUCUACACAGCAGGUGCUGGUGUGGGUGACGUGAUCGUGGAAGUGGAGGAUCCUCAGGGAAGAUGCCUUGCUGAAGUUGCAGUAGAAGACAAAGGCAACCAAGUCUAUCGUUGUGUCUACAAACCUGUCCAAGCUGGUCCUCACGUUGUCAAAGUGACUUUUGCGGGGGAGGCAAUUCCCAAAACUCCUUGCAGUGUUCUCAUUGGAGAGGCCUGCAAUCCGAAUGCUUGUCGUGCCACCGGUAGAGGCCUGCAGCCCAAAGGCGUCCGCAUCAGAGAAACAGCCGACUUCAAGGUUGAUACGAGAGCAGCAGGCAGCGGAGACCUCGGGGUGACUAUAAAAGGACCAAAGGGCUUGGAGGAGCUUGUGAAACAGAAAGGCUUUAUGGAUGGUGUAUAUGCAUUCGAAUAUUAUCCAGCUACCCCAGGGAAGUACAUUGUCACGAUUACGUGGGGUGGGCACAACAUCCCAAAAAGCCCCUUUGAAGUUCACAUAGGUCAUGAAGCAGGCCCUCAGAAAGUACGAGCCUGGGGGCCAGGACUGCAUGAAGGGAUUGUGGGCAGGUCGGCUGACUUCGUGGUGGAGUCCAUUGGCACAGAAGUUGGUUCUCUUGGCUUUGCAAUAGAAGGUCCUUCUCAGGCUAAAAUAGAGUGUGAUGACAAGAACGAUGGCUCAUGUGAUGUGAAGUAUUGGCCCAAAGAGCCUGGUGAAUACGCUGUGCACAUCAUGUGUGAUGAUGAAGACAUAAAGGACAGCCCCUACAUGGCCUUCAUCCGACCGGCGUCGGGAGACUUCAACCCGGAUAAGGUGAGGGCUUAUGGUCCAGGCUUGGAGAGAAGUGGCUGCAUAGUGAACAAUCCUGCUGAGUUCACAGUUGAAACCAAGGAUGGUGGGAAAGCACCUCUGAAGAUAUAUGCACAGGAUGGAGAAGGAAACCCUAUUGAUAUCCAGAUGAAGAGCAAGCCUGACGGUGUGUUUGCCUGUUCCUAUGUGCCAGUUAAACCAAUCAAACAUACUAUUUCUAUUGUCUGGGGAGGAGCCAACGUGCCUAAUAGCCCAUUUAGGGUCCUGAUAGGUCAGGGGAGCCAUCCUCAGAAGGUGAAAGUGUUUGGGCCUGGCGUGGAGAGAACUGGCCUGAAAGCGAGUGAGCCAACUCACUUCACUGUUGACUGUACAGAUGCUGGAGAAGGUGAUGUCAGUGUUGGAAUUAAGUGUGAUGCUCGUGUGGUCAGCGACGAAGAGGAGGACAUAGAUUUUGACAUUAUCCACAAUGCUAAUGAUACAUUCACAGUGAAGUAUGCACCACCUGCUGCAGGACGCUACACUAUUAAGGUGCUUUUUGCAGGAGAGGAAAUUCCUGCCAGUCCUUUCAGAGUUAAAGUGGACCCCUCUCACGAUGCCAGCAAAGUGAAAGCUGAAGGACCUGGGCUGAGCAAAACUGGUGUGGAAAAUGGCAAGCCAACCCACUUCACUGUGUUCACGAAAGGAGCUGGGAAGGCGCCCCUGGAUGUGCAGUUCAGCAGCCCUGUGCCAGGAGAGGUGGUGGCAGAUGUGGACAUCAUUGACAACUACGACUAUUCCCACACUGUCCGGUACACUCCAAUACAGCAGGGACCAAUGAAGGUUCUGGUAACGUACGGUGGAGAUCCUAUCCCUAAAAGCCCUUUCACUGUGGGAGUUGCUGCUCCACUAGACUUGAGCAAAGUUAAAGUUAACGGACUUGAAAACAGAGUGGAAGUAGGGAAGGAUCAAGAAUUUGUAAUUGACACGAGAGGAGCUGGUGGACAAGGUAAACUGGAUGUUAACAUUUCCAGUCCUAUGAGGAAAGCUGUACCAUGUCUGGUGGAGCCAGUUCUGGGUAAGGAGUGCAGUACAGCAAAAUACAUCCCAAGAGAGGAAGGAUUGUAUGUGGUGGAUGUGAGCUACGAUGGCAAUCCAAUCCCAGGCAGCCCCUAUACCGUGGAGGCCACUCUGCCUCCAGAUCCCUCCAAGGUAAAAGCUCACGGGCCAGGUCUUCGAGGAGGCCUCGUUGGAAAACCAGCUCAAUUCACAAUAGAUACCAAAGGGGCAGGAACUGGAGGUUUGGGUUUAACGGUGGAAGGUCCAUGUGAAGCUAAGAUUGAAUGCUCAGACAAUGGUGAUGGAACCUGCUCUGUCUCCUAUCUGCCUACCAAGCCUGGAGAGUACUUCGUAAACAUUCUCUUUGAAGAAGUUCACAUUCCUGGCUCGCCGUUCAAAGCAGACAUAGAAAUGCCGUUUGAUGUCUCUAAAGUCAUUGCCACAGGACCAGGUCUUGAACGUGGCAAAGUAGGUGAGGCAGGGCUGCUGAAUGUUGACUGUACAGAAGCAGGUCCUGGUAACCUGCGGGUGGACAUAGUGUCAGAUACUGGUUCCAAAGCUGAGAUCCAGAUCGAUGAUAACAAGGAUGGGACCUACGUUGUGACGUAUGUGCCGCUCUCAGCUGGCAUGUACACCAUCAAGAUGAAAUAUGGAGGAGAGCAAGUGCCUAAAUUCCCUGCCCGGGUCAAAGUGGAGCCAGCUGUGGACACAAGCAGAGUUAAAGUGUUUGGGCCGGGAGUGGAAGGGAAAGAUGUCUUCCGAGAAGCUACAACAGAGUUCACUGUGGAUGCCCGACCUCUAACGAAAGCUGGUGGUGACCACAUCAGGACACAGAUCACCAGCCCAUCCGGCUCCCCCACAGACUGUCAGAUCCAAGACAAUGCUGAUGGGACGUACGCAGUGGAGUACACACCAUUUGAAAAGGGUCCACACACAGUCAGUGUAACAUAUGAUGGCGUGCCUGUGCCAAACAGUCCCUUCAGAGUGAAUGUGACAGAGGGCUGCCAUCCAUCACGUGUUAAGGCACAAGGACCUGGACUCAAAGAAGCUUUCACAAAUCAGCCUAAUGCCUUUUCGGUUGUCACCAGGGGGGCAGGAAUCGGUGGCCUUGGAAUAACUGUUGAGGGACCUUCAGAGUCUAAAAUCAGCUGUAAAGACAACAAGGAUGGGAGCUGCAGUGCUGAGUACGUUCCUUAUGUUCCAGGAGACUACGAUGUCAAUAUUACAUAUGGGGGAGAGCAUAUUCCUGGCAGUCCUUUCAAGGUUCCUGUGAAGGAUGUUGUGGAUCCCAGCAAGGUGAAGAUUGCAGGACCAGGACUGGGAACAGCUGUUCGAGCCAAAAUCCCACAGUCCUUUACUGUGGACACCAGCAAGGCAGGAGCAGCACCCCUGGAGGUGGUGGUGGCAGGACCCAGAGGAAUCGUGGAGCCUGUUAAUGUAGUAGACAAUGGAGAUGGCACCCACACGGUGGUGUACACCCCUACACAGGAGGGACCGUACAUGAUCUCUGUCAAAUAUGCAGACGAAGAGAUUCCUCGCAGCCCCUUCAAGGUGAAGGUGCUUCCUACAUAUGAUGCCAGUAAAGUGACAGCGAGUGGACCAGGUCUCAGUUCCUAUGGCAUACCAGCCAGCCUGCCUGUGGAGUUUGCUGUGGAUGCUAAAGAUGCCGGGCAGGGACUUCUCACUGUGCAGAUAACUGACCAGGAGGGCAAGCCCAAGAGAGUGGACAUUCACGACAACAAGGAUGGCACAUACACAGUGACCUACGUCCCUGACAAGACGGGCCGCUAUACGAUUGGUGUGAAGUACGGAGGGGAUGACAUCCCAUCCUCUCCCUACCGAAUCCGGGCGUCUCCAGCGGGGGAUGCCAGCAAGUGUUUGGCCACAGGUCCUGGAAUUGCACCCACAGUGAGGACUGGUGAGGAGGUUGGUUUUGUGGUGGACGCCAAAUCAGCAGGGAAGGGAAAAGUGACGUGCACCGUCCUGACGCCAGAUGGGACAGAAGCUGAGGCAGAUGUUGUUGAAAACGAGGACGGGACUUAUGAUAUCUUCUACACGGCUGCCAAACCAGGAACCUACGUGAUUUACGUCCGCUUCGGUGGGGUAGACAUUCCCAACAGUCCUUUCACUGUGAUGGCUGUAGAUGCAGAUGAUGCUGCUGUGCGGUCGCAGGAGACAGUGGGUGCAUCCCCCCCCGGAUUCCGCCCUUGGGUCACAGAAGAGGCUUACGUACCAGUUGGCGACAUGAACGGCAUGGGAUUCCGGCCCUUCGAUAUGGUUAUCCCCUUUGCUGUGAGGAAAGGAGAAAUAACAGGUGAAGUACACAUGCCCUCCGGAAAGACCGAUACACCAGACAUUGUGGAUAACAAGGAUGGCACUGUAACAGUGAGAUACGCUCCUACAGAGGUGGGGCUGCAUGAGAUGCACAUAAAAUACAUGGGAAAUCACAUCCCAGAGAGCCCUCUACAGUUCUAUGUGAAUUAUCCAAACAGCGGCAGCGUGUCUGCUUAUGGGCCUGGCCUCAUUUAUGGGGUUGCCAAUAAACCAGCGACCUUUACCAUUGUCACAGAAGAUGCAGAGGAGGGUGGACUGGACUUGGCUAUUGAAGGACCUUCCAAAGCGGAGAUCAGCUGCAUUGAUAACAAGGACGGGACGUGCACCGUCACCUACCUGCCCACUCUACCUGGGAACUACAGCAUACUGGUCAAGUACAAUGACAAGCACAUCCCAGGCAGUCCAUUCACAGCCAAGAUUACAGAUGAUAACAGAAGAAGGUCCCAAGUUAAGCUUGGAUCUGCUGCUGAGUUUUUGUUGGAUAUCAACGAGACUGAUCUCAGUCUCCUGACAGCUAGCAUUAAAGCCCCAUCAGGUCGUGAUGAGCCUUGUCUUCUGAAGAGGCUGCCCAACAACCACAUUGGUAUCUCAUUCAUUCCACGGGAAGUAGGAGAACAUCUGGUUAGCAUCAAGAAGAAUGGGAACCAUGUACCAAACAGCCCUGUAACAAUCAUGGUGGUCCAGUCUGAGAUAGGAGAUGCCAGACGAGCAAGAGUUUAUGGACGUGGUUUGGUAGAAGGGCGAACCUUUGAAAUGUGUGACUUUAUUGUAGACACAAGAGAUGCAGGUUAUGGUGGGAUCUCGCUGGCAGUUGAAGGACCCAGCAAGGUAGAUAUCCAAACUGAAGACCUAGAAGAUGGAACUUGCAAAGUAUCCUAUUUUCCAACUGUACCUGGCGUGUACAUUGUGUCCACUAAAUUUGCAGAUGAACAUAUUCCAGGCAGCCCAUUUACUGUGAAGAUAAGUGGUGAGGGAAGAGUUAAGGAGAGCAUCACACGAACGAGACGGGCUCCCUCUGUUGCAACAGUUGGAAGCAUAUGUGAUCUGAACCUAAAAAUCCCAGAAAUUGACUGUGGGGACAUGACAGCCCAGGUAACUAGUCCCUCUGGAAGAAACUCCGAUGCAGAAAUAGUGGAAGUCGACAAGAACACCUACUGUGUCCGCUUUGUGCCACAAGAAAUGGGGGUCCACACAGUGGAUGUCAAAUACAGAGGGCAGCCCGUGCCAGGCAGCCCCUUCCAGUUCACUGUGGGGCCGCUCGGCGAGGGAGGAGCCCAUAAAGUGAGAGCUGGAGGCCCAGGGCUGGAGCGUGGAGAGACAGGUGUCCCAGCUGAGUUCAGCAUAUGGACACGGGAGGCUGGAGCUGGAGGACUGUCCAUUGCUGUAGAAGGUCCAAGUAAAGCAGAAAUUGCCUUUGAAGACCAUAAAGAUGGAUCUUGUGGUGUAUCUUACAUAGUUCAAGAGCCAGGCAACUAUGAGGUGUCCAUAAAGUUCAAUGAUGAGCACAUUCCUGAAAGCCCCUACCUGGUUCCCAUCAUCGCCCCGUCUGAUGAUGCUCGCAGGCUCACUGUCACUAGCCUUCAGGAGUCUGGAUUAAAAGUUAAUCAGCCGGCAUCCUUUGCUAUAAGGCUGAACGGGGCAAAGGGCAAGAUUGAUGCUAAAGUCCACAGCCCCUCCGGAGCUGUAGAAGAGUGCCACGUGUCUGAGCUGGAGCCAGACAAAUAUGCCGUUCGGUUUAUCCCCCACGAAAAUGGCAUCCACUCCAUCGACGUGAAGUUCAACGGGAGCCACGUGGUGGGCAGCCCCUUCAAGGUGCGUGUUGGUGAGCCCGGCCAGGCGGGCAACCCCACGCUCGUCACAGCGUAUGGACCAGGCCUGGAGAGCGGCACCACGGGAUUGCAGUCGGAGUUUUUCAUUAACACGACCAAGGCUGGUCCAGGUACCCUCUCUGUUACAAUUGAAGGGCCAUCAAAGGUGAAAAUGGACUGCCAGGAAACUCCAGAAGGUUACAAAGUCAUGUACACACCCAUGGCUCCAGGAAACUAUUUAAUUGGAGUUAAAUAUGGUGGACCUAACCACAUAGUGGGCAGCCCCUUCAAGGCAAAGGUUACAGGACAGCGGCUGGUCACCCUGGGCAGCGCAAACGAAACCUCUUCCAUCAUGGUGGAGUCGGUGACGAGGUCAUCGACCGAAACUUGCUACAGUGCCAUUCCCAAAUCCACCUCGGAUGCCAGCAAAGUGGUUUCCCGGGGAGCAGGACUCUCAAAGGCUUUUGUGGGUCAGAAAAGCUCCUUCUCUGUGGACUGCAGCAAAGCAGGUUCAAACAUGCUGUUAGUCGGCGUCCACGGGCCUACAAUCCCGUGUGAAGAGGUGUCCAUCAAGCAUCUGGGCAACCACCAGUACAACGUGACGUAUGUGGUCAAGGAGAGGGGUGACUACGUCCUGGCAGUGAAGUGGGGUGACGAGCACAUCCCUGGGAGCCCCUUCCAUGUCACGGUUCCCUAAACCCACCCGUGUCCGUCGGUCUGUUCGCAGCUCGGCCGUAGAGUUCUACUGGGUGCAGUCCUGUUGCCAAUUGCAGUAUCUAGAUACCCACGGCUCACAUUUCAAUACACUCAGAAGUAACUUCUGUAACGUUUUUACAAGCAUUUCACUUCUAUCCUACUUAUCAACAUAACACGAAUCUAUUUAAUGUCCUCCUCAAAUUGUACCUUUGCAGUGCUGUCCAGGUCACUGUUGAUGUUUGGAGAAUCAGAUGGAUAACUAGACACUAAUUUCCCUUGUGGAUGUUAAAGACUUUAGAUGUUAAUUGAAAACUGGAAUUUGUCUUUGUGAUUGGGUAUCUUAACUACUGAUUUUAUUUGACUGGAGACUUUACAUUUUAGUUAUGGAAUAUGACUUGGGCUGUCCCCAGUUCAAAUUCUUUUCUGUAAAGAAAUGAGAUGAAACUGGUACUAUGAUGGGUGCCUUUGUAUACUUGAUCCAUUUUAAUGCUUAACAUUAUAGAAGGCUACUAAAAGUGGCUGUACCACUCAAAUUUGAAACCUUUUUGAAAAUGCUUUGCUAAAGGUUUACACUUAGGAAAGGUUUAUCUUUUAUAGCAGACCAAAAGUAGACUGAAAAUUGCUUCCUGGGCGCUUUCAGCCUUUAUGUUAAUGCUUUGUAAAUCCGUACCAGGAGCUUUUUGGCCACGAUGCUAGCAAUGCAUUUUUAAUUAGCUCGGGAUUCUGGAGAAAUUCCCCAAGCUCUGUUUUACAGGUAACUCCCAACUGAUUUAUUGUCUUCUUAAGAACAACCCCAGUUUGGCUGGAUUAAAUAGAGCCCUUAGCUUGCCAUGUCAGUCCUGUUCUCAUCUGAGCAAUCCGUGCGGGUCGGAGCAUGGCAGCAUAUGGCAUACUGGAGGCUGCUGGCUGUUAAGCAAGAUGGUGCAAAGCCAGCCUGGGGAUGGACCCACGUUGUACUCGGGUAUUGGGAUGGGGGAAGGGUGGGUGUGUAAAUCUGAUAGCAGCAAAAUGAACCAACAAACCUUGUUUGCUGCAGCCAUUUUUAUUCUGUCUCAGUCCAAGGAUGUGCCCAAGUCAUGCUCAUCUCCUCUGAAAUUCUCUUCCGUGCUGUGGAGGGGGUUCCUGCCUGGGGUCAAGGAGUGAAAACUUCUGUUGUGACUCGUGUGUUUGUCCUGGGUUACUCAGUACUGCUUUCCAAGUGCGUAUCUCAAUUGCUGUCAGCUGCUGGGGCUUUAGUACAGCUCUCCACAUGAGCUUUAGCUCUGCAAUUAGGAGAAGGUAGGAUUUGUUGAGAGCCUGUUGAAACGUCACUGUCUGUCCCUAUGGAGAACUUCACACUUACGGUUCUGUAGUUAUGUUGGAUGCACUACCCUCGAGCACAGUUGAUUGGGGAAAUAAAGGAAGGUUGGGUUUUUUUUUUUACCGUGCUUUUUUGUGCCUUAAUGUGAAAUGCUCACUAUGUUGUAAACUAGGAAGUGAAAACAAAAUAAACUGGAAUAAAAUGCAGGAUUGUAAAAUUGUAUCUUAUAACUUAUUACAUAGAAAUGUUUGCUUCAUUAAAAUGUGCAUGUUAAAACCAA